AUGGCACCUAUCUGGAGAGUAGCCAUGGGCUGCGAUGAAGCCGGCGUCAGCUACAAAAACGCCAUCAAGCGCGACUUCGAGGCGGACAGCCGCGUGAGCGAGGUCAUCGACGUGGGCUCGGGCGAGCCCAGUGACAAGACGGCGUACCCGACGCGGGCGGCGGCCGCGGCGCGGCUGGUGGCUGAGGGCAAGGCGGACCGGGCGCUGCUCGUGUGCGGCACCGGCCUGGGCGUGGCCAUCACGGCCAACAAGAUCAAGGGCAUCCGCGCCGUCACCGCCCACGAUAGCUUCAGCGUCGAGCGCAGCGUGCUGAGCAACAACGCGCAGGUGCUGUGCAUGGGUGAGCGCGUCGUCGGCCUCGAGCUGGCGCGGCGCCUCGCGGGCGAGUGGCUGGGCUACGAGUUCGACCCCAACAGCGCGAGCGCCAAGAAAGUGGCCGAGAUUGACCAGCUUGAGGGUUGA